AUGUCAACAUACGUCAUUAUUGGUGGAAGUCUCGCUGGAGCAGCGACUUUAGUGGUUAUUAUCUGUUUAGUGUAUGAUUGGUAUUGGGAUGAGAAAAGGGAUGAAGAUGCUGAGCGGGGGAAUGAAAUGGAUGGAAUGGAUGGAAUGGAUGGAGCGAGUUGA